CACCAUCUCAUCUACACUACUGGCGGUCGAGUGCUCGCGCAUCGCGGCUCUACUUUGCCGACCUGCCGCUCGUUAUUCUUGCCUCGCGCCGUUGGAUCUGGCAGACCACGCACCCUCGACCAUUCUCUUCAUCCACCGCAGGACCUUACAUUGCUCCUCGACGCGCGAACCUGACUGAGCCGCUGCUCGGCCUCACCUCUCAUCAUGAGCCAGUACGGUCGUUUUUUCGAUUUCUGUCGCGAUAGCGGCAGUGGCUAUGCGACAAUCCCAGUGUGCAAUCUCUUCUACGAAUCGCGCGCGCGGCCAAACAAUGUCGUCGAUCAGACGAACUACUUUGGAGGCUGCCAACUCACCGGCAUACCUUUGGGGGAUGAUCGCUACUUGGCCAAUCUGGGCUCAAUUCUCGUGGCCGGAAUUGCGAUACUCUCGGUAUUCUUUCUGCUCUGGCGGUCAGAACGGAAAAGAGCUGCGGUUGGCAGAAGAGAGAUGCAAUUCUUCCUCAUCGGCUAUCUCAUCAUAGAGGUUUGCGAGAUCUUCUCGAUCGGCGGAUUCCCCCUCAACAGUCGCGUACGCCGAGCGUUCUCGGCAGCACACAUCGCAGCAGUCGUCGCAACCUCAUGGAUCCUCCUAAUGAAUGGCGCAGUGGGCUUCCAGAUCUUAUAUGACGGAACAUGGGCAUCUUUGCUCUUGAUCUUCGGUUCCGCCACAGCCCUUUUCGUCGGCACUGGAUACAUUGCGCUCGACACUGGCUUCAGCUGGACUGGCUACUGGGACAGCACCCUCGUGGCACCAAAUCAGGCAUAUGCGUUGUACACGCUCUUCCUGCUUGUCCCGUUGAUCUUCGUUGUGUUGUACUUCGUUCUGGAGUCCGUUUUGGUGUUGCGUGUCUUGGGCGAGAUCAGACCAAUGUAUUAUCUUGUUGCUGCUGCAUUGUUAUUCGCGAUUGGCCAGAUCUUCCAGUUUGUCAUCAGCGUGCAUAUCUGCAACGGCACCAAUGGCAAGAUCAAUGGUGGCCUCUUUGAAUCAUUGUUCACAUACUUUUCCGUGGUUAUGAUCUGGGUUUUUUGGUCGAGCAUUACGGAGGAUGACUGGCCGACAUCAAGUACGACGGAAGGAUAUAAUUAAUGUAAUUGGGUCAUCGGGUC